AUAAAUAAAAGCAGAAAUUGGUCUCUAAAUUUAACAUCAUCUCUAUCUCUCCCUCUUUCUGAAACAGCACACACUCCAAAAGAGAGGAAAAAAAACAUCUAAACGACAGCGUGUUUGCUCAGAGCAAGGGUUUUAGUUUUUCAAACAUUAGAGUAAUGGCGGAGCAAGAAGUUGCGGCGGCAACGGAGACAGCGGCGGAGACUAACACGGAUACUACUUCACUUCCGCCGGAUCACAAUAAACGGAAGCUGCAAGAUUUAGAGCCUCAAGCAGAAGAAGGAACAGCAGCACCUCAAACCACCGCUGAGGCUAAACCUAGCGACGAUGAUAAGAAAUCUGAUCAUGAUGACGUGGCAGACGAGGAUUCGCCAGAUGCUAAGAGAGUAAAGCUUGAUGAUGAAAACAACAAUAAAUCUGAUGGAUUAGCUAGUGAAAAUGGUUUUGGAAAAGAUGAAAAACUGGAGGAAAAUGCUGAUGUGGGGAAAGUUGAAGAUGGUGGAGCUGAAGAGGACAGUGUUAAGAAGGAACAAGCAGAGAAUCAUACUGUUGAAGAAACUGUAACCAAAGAAGAAGAAUCAAAUGAGGAAGAUCCUGAGGAAGACCCUGAAGAAGUUGACAACACAAAGGAGGCGGCUGAGAAAAACGAAGAAGAGGAGGGAGAAAAACCUGCCCAGCUUUCUGAGGCAGUGGCAGUGGCAGAGGAUGAGGAACCGGAAUCUGAUGAUACUCAAACUACUUCACGCAAAAUUGAGGUUCCGAACGAUAAGGUUGGGGUUCUCAUCGGCAAGGGGGGAGAUACUAUAAAAUAUCUGCAGUAUAAUUCUGGGGCAAAAAUUCAAAUCACUAGGGACAUGGAUGCUGAACCACAUUCCACAACAAGGCCAGUGGAACUAAUAGGGACAUUAAGCAGUAUAAAGACGGCCGAAAAGCUCAUUACUGCUGUCAUAGCAGAGGCUGAUGCUGGUGGUUCCCCUUCUCUUGUAGCUAGGGGUCUUCCUAGGGCUCCGACUACUGAAGUGGGAGAUCAAAUUGAGAUGCAAGUUCCUAAUGAUAAGGUAGGUUUGAUUAUAGGAAGAGGGGGGGAUACUAUUAAAGCCCUCCAAGCCAAAUCAGGGGCACGCAUUCAGGUAUUGAUUCCUCAACAUCUUCCCGAUGGGGAUGGAUCUAAAGAAAGGACAGUGCGAGUGACCGGUAAUAGAAAGCAAAUUGAGAUAGCAAGGGAAAUGAUAGAGGAUGUUAUGAGUCAGAAUGUGAAGCCAUCACAUCCCUCAGGAGGUUAUAACCAGCAGCAUUCACAUCGACCCCGUGGACCUACUGGUCCGUCCAACUGGGGUCCUCGAGGUUCCUACUCGUCACAGUCCAACAGCUCUUAUGAUUAUCAUCAUCGAGGAUCAUAUCCAUCUCAGAAUUCACAGUAUCCACCUCGUAGUUAUGGUGGUUAUCCACCACAGCACAUGGGUCCAAGAGGUAACUACGGUUCUGGUUGGGAGCAAAGGCCUCCCAACAACAUGCAGGGGCCAGUUUCACAUGGCGGUGGCUAUGAUUAUUAUGGCGGUCAAGGAGGUCAUGCAUCUGAUCACCCAUCAUCUGCGCCCGUCUCUAACCCCAAUUCUGGGCAUGCUCAUGGUCCUUCUCCUGGCCCUGGUAUGGGCCAUCCUCCACGAGCAAAUUAUAAUUAUGGACAACCACAUGGUUCAGAUUAUGGGCAUCAAGCUCCUUAUUCCCAGGCAGGACCUCAGCAGGGCUAUGGGCAUGGAUAUGAAGAACAAAAGUACAAUAAUCAUGCCCAGACACAGCAUCCAUACGGGCAUGGGAAUUCUCAACCAGUUUACCAAAAGCCCACCAACCAACCUGGCUAUGGGACCCAGCAGCAGUACGGAAAGCAACCAUCCUAUGGAAUGCCGGCACAGGGACCGCCUCAAUCAUAUGGUCCUCCCAGGGCAGGUCAACCAGGAGAUAUGUCUUACCAAGCUCCCAUUCAAUCCAGCCAAUCUUAUGGUCCAAGUGUGCCACCUCAACAACAGUAUCCAUAUGCAUCAAGUGGGCCCAUGCAGCAAUCAUAUCCUUCAUAUGGAGCUCCAUCAGCUACUGAUGGAUACAAUCAAGGAAUGCCCGCUUCGGGCACUGGCUAUCCUCAGCAAGGUGGCCAACCAGUUUCAUCUUAUGGUCAGCCAGGUGGCCAACCGGUUUCAUCGUAUGGUCAGCCAGGUGGACAGCAAGCGGCUGGUUAUGCGCAAGGUCCAUCUGCUGGUUAUGGGUCAUAUCCAUCUUCCCAGCAAGGUUAUCCUGAACAGCCAGCUCAAAACACUGCGGGUUAUGGGUCAUAUCCAUCUUCCCAGCAAGGUUAUCCUGAACAGCCAGCUCAAAACACCGCGGGUUAUGGGUAUCAGGGGUCUCAGGAUCCUGCAUAUGCCCCUGGACCUGGAACUGUCUAUGCUGCAGCUGCACCAGCAAGUGGCCAGCAGACUUAUGCUCAACCAACAUCAACUCAACCAAGUUAUGAGCAGUCAGCUCCACAACAGGGUGUUUAUGCUGCUGCUACAACAGUGAGUGCACCAGCAAGUUAUGCGAAAACUGUCUCUCCCCAGCCAGGUUAUCCUCAAUAUGAUCAAACCCAGGUGUAUGCUGCACCACGUUGAGAGCUGUGCAGUAGCUUGAAGGUGGAGUUUGUACCGGUGACGAAUAUUAAGCUGUUGCAGUUUAAAUUUCCUGUAUCAAACUUGUCCAAUAGCAUUAACUUUUUCUGAUUUUAUUGAACAUUUAGAUAUCGCUGUGUUAUGUAACCAGAUGAUGCUAGUUAAGAAUGCAGGCUCUAUUUAUUUUUUAAAA